UGUGGGCGACCCCGGGUCCCUCGUCCCGCUGCCCUGACACCUGCAACAGCCCGGAUCUCCCUUCCCCUGCCAGGAUGCUGCUCCCUCUGCUGCUCCCCUGGGCAUGGGGGGCCCUGGCCGCCUCCCCUCAUCUCCCCCCAGCAUCUCUCACCCUCCGGGUGCUUAAAACCACCGUCUUCCACAACGCCAGCUCCACAGACACGGUGGGGACGGCCCUGCUGGGCGACCUGGAGACCCACUCCCUGGCCUGUGGCACCUGCAAGAUCCGCUUCGUGCAGCCCUGGGCCCAGCAGGGCCUGACCCCGAAGCAGUGGCAGGACCUGGAGCUGGUGAUCCAUCGCUCCCUGGCCGACUUCAUCCAUCUGGUGAACAAAGUGGUUCAGGAUACAGGAGGAGGCUACGCCCGUCCUCAUCCCACUGCCCUUCCUGUCCCAGACCCCUUUGUUACCCAGGUCUCCUUCAGCUGCAAGCUCCACCCCAACGGCACCUCGAGGCAACUCUGUGACGCUGCAGUGAACAGCGAGGACUUCAUCAGCUUCGACAUGGACACAGGCAAAUGGGUCACUCAGCACGGGGAGAAGCUGGGGAGCUACAUCCAGGAUCUUGUCAACCAGGAUAGGAGCAUAUCCACCCUGUUUUCGUUUCUCCAGAGAACAACGUGUGUCUAUGGGAUCGAUACCUUUGCCCAGUACGGGAGAGAGUCUCUGGAGAGGCAAGAGCGGCCGGUCGCCGUGGUGUUUGCCCGAGCGCCUCCCCCAGCCGGGACCCCCGCGCCGGUACUGCUGGUUUGCCGGGUCACCGGUUUCUACCCCCGGCCCGUCCGCGUGGCCUGGCUGCAGGAUGGGGAGGAGGUGGCACCGGGCUGGUGGCUGAACUCCAGCGGGAUCCUGCCCAACGCGGACCUGACCUACCAGCUGCACAGCUCCCUGGCCGUGGAGCCGGGCGCCGGGCACAGCUACGCCUGCCGGGUGCAGCACAGCAGCCUGGGGGGCCAGAGCCUGCUGAUCCCCUGGGAGCAGAGCAGGCCCUGGAGCCCCGGCCUGGCCGUGGGCAUCACUCUGGGGGUUCUGGCCGCAGCCGCCGUGGCCGUGGUGCUGAGGUGGGGCAGACGCAGGGGCUACCAGGACGUUAGACCAGGGGAGUCCAGCGCCUCAGGGGGCGGCACCAGACCAGGCGUGGGGACCAGCCCCUCUCCUGGGGACAUGGACCUUGGGAAUGGAUCCGCGCCCAGCUCCAGAGCUGAGGGUCCCGAGGGCUGAUCUGUUGGAUGUUCCUGUUCCAACGCUCUGUGUAAAGCGAUCCUGUGACGUGUAUGAAUGAGGCAUGGAUGUGUUAGAGGAUAAGUGGAGAGAGGAUGAGAAGAACAAUUUAAGAAAACGAGCACUCGUCAAAGGACAAUUCAGCACGACGGUGCAGAACUCGCUGGUCCCAAAGAAGGAAGAUCAUUGUAUAACCAGGGGGCCUUGCCAUGAAACUGUGGGUUCGUCCUGCCAAGACUUCCCCGGAGCAUCGUGUCUCGACCGACAGGACCCGGCUCCUCCCUACCCACAAUCAACCCAGCUGGGCACUAGAUUGAUCCAGACUCUGGACUGGUCACUGUAACA